AUGGCAUCUUCCGAGCCAGCGGCCGCCGUACUGGGACAUACCGAGCCCCUGGAGGUCGACUUUUGUAUAGACGAGUCAGUUCCACUGGAAAGGCCCGCUUCUGAUUCUAUCAGAAGUCCGGCAGGAGGCCAUCUGGUGAAACAGUCAGAGGCUCCACAUACGUGUGAUGUUCCUGCUCAGGAGUUUGAUGACACUGCGCCGGAUCCACGGGUGGCUGCUCGUCUUGUCGGUGAUUUCCUUUCCAGGAUGCAUGUCACCCGACCAGAGAUCAUUCGGGCGGUGCCUGUCCGGAAAAUAUUUCGAGGCCUAGCAAGGCCUCUGAGAGCAAAAGGCGAUUAUUAUCAUUUGAGCCGCGUGUCCAGCAGCUUUGGUGCAUUCUGGUCGCACAGCUGGCAUGGUUCUGUCUGCAGGAAGAUCUUCACUGUGUUCUUCUUCCACAAAGGCACAGCAGCCACCAUACUAAGCGCUUUGGCAGCCAUUUUCUGCUACAUCGCUUUCGGCCUUGGGAUUCUCCCUGCUGAAGAUGGCCACAGCUGGUGGUGCUUGAGCAUUGGUUGUGUCACCUAUGUCUUGGGCAUGCUAGUGUGGCAGCCACAGCAGCUCGUAUUUCUCGAUCGGGUUUGCAUUUCUCAGUGUGACACUGUGCUCCAGACGGAAGGGCUACUGAGCCUCGGUGCAAUCCUCAAAAGUGCUGACUACAUGCUGGUUCUUUGGGAUUCUUCCUGGGCACGGCGGCUUUGGUGCAUCUUUGAGCUGGCCGCCUUCCUUCACAGCAGGUCCCCACGUGAGAAGACCCACAUCAGUAUAAGGCCGACCAUGCUGGGGUUUGCCAUUUGUGCAUCCUGGUUUGCGUGUAUGCUCGGAGGCUUCGCCUUACAUACAGUCCUCUUUGCACUGUCCGACGGCUAUAGCUUUCACGCGUACUUAAUCUUCAUGGCCUGUUGUUUUGUGAUCUUCUGGUACAUCGCGCACCUGGCCCGGGAGUACUGCCGUGACAUACAUACCAUGUGCAAGCAAAUCAGGCAUUUCAGCAUCACCAGGGCUGAGUGUUGCUGCUGCUCUACGGAUCACAAAGUACCUGGCAGUGACAUCCCUGGCACAUGCGACCGCGUCAUCAUCCUCCACUGCAUCAAGACAUGGUUUGGUAGUGUCGAAGCUUUCGAGCACUAUGUCCAAAAUGAGGUGUACGACUUGCUUGUGGAUCAGCUAUCAAACCACGUGAUAUCAUACUGGCGACUAGCCGAGGCCUCUCCCGUCCUCUUUUGGGUGAACCUCGAUCGGGCGGCACCAAACCUUCGGCUUUUCUUCCAGAGUGGUGUCAGUCAGCCAUCUCACCUUGUCGGCAGCCUGCUCUUCCUCAACGGCCUCUGCUUUUGGUUAGGAGUCUUCCCGAUUCUCUUCCGCGUCUUGUUCAGGCUGGCCUGGAUAUUACAGGCAGAGUGCGCUUGUCAAACUUUGGAUUGGCUCAAAUCCCUUCUCACCCUACUGCCCGCAAUCUUAAUUUUCAGCUUGUUUAUUCUUGUCGAGACCGUCCUCCUCCCUCUUCUGCCAGCACCGCUGAAUCUAAUUGGGCUCACACUCAUAACGAUCCCACUGGCGGCGCUGGCAUGGAAUUGCCUCUCAGUGCCCUUACCUCACUGA